ACACAGCCGUGGGGAUGGGGGGUAGGGGUCACGCCAUGGAUCGAGGCUGUGGCGUGGAUAAAAGGACGGUGCCUGCCCACAUGUUAAUCAUUUUGCUGCUGGGGGCGAUGGCCGAAGCCCCUGGGUGCCUGCUGCUCUGUGGGAUUGUUCUGUCACCUGUGGAAGAUCCUGAGGAGAUCCCUGCAAAGAGGCCAAAAACAGAAUGUCUCUCUGGGACUAACAAGGAGCCUGAAGAGGUCUCUGUGGCUGCCAAGUUGCCACAGAAGGCAACAAGUAGAAGCCAGGAGACUGAAGAGAGAGGUGACUUUUUCUUCUCUGAGUCUGAAGAUGAGGUUGUGUACAUUUCUUCUGACUCUUCGUUUGUAGCAUCUGCAGAGGAUGAGGACGCAACAGAACCUGACAAAAUGCCUUGUGAUGCCAGCCCGUGCAUGACUGAGGAAUCACCAUCCUUUCUUUGUAAGAGAGUUCCAUAUCUGAGCCUGAGUAGGAAUAACCACAUCCGAGCUGCUCCUGAGAGCCCUGUCACACCCAGGCCCCCCAUCAAGGAGCCAGGUCCCCACGCUCCUGGAGUCAGUGGCACCAGGAGGCCUUUGUGUGCUGCUGAAGAGGAUGUUCAGCAAGCAGAAAAUAAGAAAUACAAAGAGCUCUUGAGUCUGUUCAAAGAGAAAUAUUCUGGAAGACUUCCUUCUCGACGAUCAGCAAGACUCAACAAAGUUCAAACCAAGGAACCAGGGAUGACUGGGAGUCCCCUGAAAGAGCAAAAACCCAGAGGUGCCUCUCCACCUGUGCCACAAAGGACCAGUGUCAAACAUGGGGAUGUUUUCAGCCCCCAGCUGCCUCAGAGGGGUGUCAUGAUCAGUUACUACACACCCCCAGAAGACUCUCGUGGUCAGGGAAAACGAGAGAAACAAGCUGCUUCAGUGGGCCAGCGUGAAGCCGAAGUCCCCCAAAGAAAGUUAUUCCAGUUCCAUGUGACACCUGUCCUGUCCAAAGACCUCUUCUUUGUGGACAGUGAGCCACUGCCUUGCCUGGAAAAGCCAGGAGAUGAUCUGGCUCCACUGACAGAGGCCAUGGAGAGCGAGAUCUCUGCUGCCUUUGACAGUGGUGAGCCUGAGGACAUCCUGAGCAGGGCCUUCAAGCUGACUGUCACCCGUGAGGACAUCUGCACCCUGCAGCCCCUGGGCUGGCUCAACGACAGGAUCAUGAAUUUCUACAUGGGUCUUCUUGUGGAAAGAAGCAAGAAGGAAGGAUAUCCAGCAGUCUAUGCUUUUAAUACCUUCUUUUAUUCUAAGCUGAGCUCUACUAGCCACAAGGGAGUAAAGAAAUGGACUAAAGAUGUGGAUAUCUUUGAGCACGAUGUCAUCUUCGUGCCUAUUCACCUCAGAAUUCACUGGACACUGCUGGUCAUAGACCUCCGAGAGAAAACCAUCAAAUACUUUGACUCCUUGGGACAGAAAGGAGACCACAUUUGUAAAACUGUCUUAAAAUACCUGGAAGAGGAAAGCAGGGAAAAAAGAAACAUUGAAUUGACUGCUUCUGAGUGGACUCUUCACAGCAUGGGCACAGAGGUAUGGGAGCAAUGCCUGGAUUUGGAAUGGGAACUAGAACUCCUUGUCACAGAGGAUUUAACACUGCCCAGGAGAUCCCUCAACAAAACAAUGGAAAUGACUGUGGAGUUUUUGUUUGCAAAUUUGCCGAUUUCAUCUCCAGAGACAAACCCAUCAUCUUCACCCCGGAACACAUGCCUUAUUUCCGCAGGAAGAUGGUGUGGGAAAUAAUCCAUCAGCAGCUGCUGGGAGACAUGCACUGAUAGGGAAACACUGUUCUGUGAAAGAGUAGUAUUUAUUUCUUAUUGUUUAGGUAAGACAAGAUAAAUAUUAACUUAUGUAAGAGCCUUAUUGUAUGGGAGGUUACUUGUUAAUAGAGUAAUUUAUUUUUUAAUUGAAAACUGA